GCUCGCUGAGUCGCAGAGGCAAAACGCCGUCGUAUCUUUGUGCUUAUAUUAUUACAGUUUCUAAAUCAUCUCUAAGCUGUUUCGAGAGAAGCAAUGCUGUGUCAAGAUUUAUCCUUUUCUAAAACCCUGAACCCUAGCUUCUCCUUCCGUAAAUCUCCACCCAAAUCCGGCGUACGAAGGGUCGUUUCGGUUUUACCGGUUAUUACUGAGAGAAAUUAUGCGUUCAGGCUCAAAAGCUCCGAGCUUUUUCUCAGAAAUGAUGCUGGAUUCCGGCGAGACGUGCGGGCUUUGGCGGGGAGGAGCAAGAAGAAGCUUGGAGGAGGUUCAUCUGGUGGGAGGAUAGAAGGAGAUGCAGAUAUGAGGAAGCAGGUGAAGCGAAAUGCUCGUGAUAAGUCGAAGAAGCUAGCGGAGUCUUUGUUUUACAGAUUGUAUAAUAAUCCUGACAAGAGUCGAAGCAACAUUCUCAGUAGCCACCCAGAUAAGUUCACGGAAGAGGAGCUUGAGAUGAUUGGGCUUGGAUACGAUAGGAUGGUUCGGUUUAUGGAUAAGGACGACCCGAGAUUGCGUCAUCCUUAUGAUUGGUUCAAGUAUGGAGAGUUCGGACCUUACUCGUGGCGUGGUGUUGUGGUUGGUGAUCCGGUUCGUGGUACUAUCUCUGAUGAGUGUGUUACUAUGAUUGGUGAAGUGGAGAAUCAUGAAGAGUUUGAGAAGAUUGAGCAGCAUGAGAUGAAUUUAGCUUUCCAGAAGAGGGUUAAGGAGUUGGAUUCAAAUGUUGGUUUGAGGUAUUUUUGGGUUUUCGUUAGGCAUCCGAAAUGGAGACUCAGUGAGUUGCCGUGGGAGCAAUGGACGUUGGUUAGUGAAGUGGCUGUGGAAGCGGAUAAGAAGCAGAGGCUAGACAAAUGGAAUUUGAUGGGGAGAUUGGGGAACAAAUCUCGGUCUUUGAUAUGUCAGUGUGCCGCUUGGUUUAGACCUGAUAUUGUGUAUGUGAAGAAGCCUGUGUUUCAGUGCAGGUUUGAGCCUCAAGAAGAUUUCUUUAACUCGCUCAUCCCUUAUCUGAACCCGGUAACAGAAUCCGGAUUCGUGUGUGAAGUGGAGGAUGAUGAAGGUAGAGUGGAGUUGAGUACUUAUUACGGAGGGCUGUGUAAGAUGCUGAAGGUGAGACAGACAGCUUUUGUGGAUGAUGUGGUAAAUGCGUAUGAGAAGUCGAGUGAUGAGAAGAAAUCCAAAGUGUUGAAGUUCUUGCUCGGGAACCACCCAAAUGAGUUGUUGCAUCCAUAUACAAAAGAGUGGAAAGCAAAGUUGGAGGAGAUGGAGCUAGGGUGUGAUGCUCCAGAUGAAAAUGAGGAUGAGGUGAACAUUAGGGGAAACUCAGAGAAGGCUGAAUUCUCAGAAUGGAUUGAAGAUGAAGCUGAGAAUGACAAUGAUGAUGAUGGUGGUCAGGUGGAUGAAGAAGAUGACGACGAUAACAUGGUUGUUGAUGUGGAGGGAAGCGAGGAAGAAGACAGUUUAGAAGGUGUAAUAGAAGAGUUGGAUCCGGAAGAUGAUGAAAGGUACUGGGAAGAGCAAUUCAAUAAAGCAACGAGCAACGCAGAGAGGAUGGAGAAGCUUGCGGAGAUGAGUAUGGUGGUAUCAGAUAAGUUUUAUGAGAAGCAGUUAAAGGCAAUGGAGGAGAGGGAAAAGAGUGAGAUUGAAGGAGAUGAGUUGGAAAUGAGAGGUAAGAAGGCAAAAGUGAAACCAGAAGAAUGGAAGACAGUAGGAUAUGGAAGGUGGAUGAAGAAGAUAAAGAAGAGUAGGAUCCCACCUGAGCUGUUUCUCCGUGCUGCUGUUCGGCCCUUUGUUUACAGAAACCUUGUCAAAGAGAUUGUUCUGACAAGACACGCCAUUUUGGAAGGCGAGAUUGGUCAAAAGGAGUGAUAUCAGAUCAAUGUCUAUUUUGAUGUAAAAGAGACAGUAUUUGAUGUAUGUUAUUAGCAUCAGAAGAUAAUUAAAACUUCCCAACCUAAUGUAUCUAAAUGUGUCUGAAGUAACUCUUUUUUUGGUUA